AUGAAGACAUGGAGGAGGAAAUAUGACCGACAAGUUCUCGAGUCCGACGGUUUCGAAGUUGAUUACUUUCGUCUUCCGGAUGGUGGAAUAAUUCCCCGCAUAUUCAAAGAUAAGUACGAUUAUCCAUUCGACUUAGGCCUUUUUGCUAGAUUGGGACUUCACUGUUACAAUCUUCAGAAG